AUGACGCAGGGUCCGGGCGGGCGCGCGCCCCCCGCGCCCCCCGAGCCCGAGGCGCCCACCACCUUUUGCGCGCUGCUGCCGCGCAUGCCGCAGUGGAAGUUCGCGGCCCCCGCCGGCUUCCUGGGCCGCGGGCCGGCGGCGGCGCGGGGGGCCGGCGGGGGCGCGGGAGCCCCGGGGGGCGCGGACCCCCAGCCCGAGCCGGAGGGCCCAGCGGGCGUCCCCGCGCUGGCGGCCGCCGUCCUGGGCGCCUGCGAGCCGCGCUGCGCCGCGCCCUGUCCCCUGCCUGCGCUCAGCCGCUGCCGGGCCGCGGGGCCGCGGGGGCCGCGGGGCGCGCGGGGGGCGGCCGUGCCCCCGGACGCCGCCGCCGAGGACGAGUGGAUCCGCAAGGGCAGCUUCAUCCACAAGCCGGCGCACGGCUGGCUGCACCCCGACGCCAGGGUCCUUGGGCCUGGGGUCUCCUACAUCGUGCGGUACAUGGGCUGCAUCGAGGUUCUGCGCUCCAUGCGCUCCCUGGACUUCACCACACGCACCCAGGUCACCAGGGAGGCCAUCAGCCGCCUGCAUGAGGCUGUGCCCGGAGUCCGGGGCUCCUGGAAGAAGAAGGCCUCCAACAAGGCGCUGGCCUCCAUCCUGGGCAAGAGCAACCUGCGCUUCGCCGGCAGGAGCAUCGCCGUCAACAUCUCCAUCGACGGCCUCAACCUGUCGGUGCCCGCCACGCGCCAGGUCAUUGCCAACCACCACAUGCAGUCCAUCUCCUUCGCUUCGGGUGGCGACACGGACAUGACGGAUUACGUGGCCUACGUCGCCAAGGACCCCAUCAACCAAAGAGCCUGCCACAUCCUGGAGUGCUGUGAGGGCCUCGCGCAGAGCAUCAUCAGCACCGUGGGCCAGGCCUUCGAGCUGCGCUUCAAGCAGUCCCUGCACACCGCCCCUGUGGGGGCCACCCCUCCAGAGAGGCUGACCGAGCUGCAGGACAUGGCCUGGGGGGAUGAGGAGGGGGCCGGGCGUGACUACUACAACAGCGUCCCCGGGAAGGAGCCGCCCCCCGGCGGGCUGGUGGACUCGCGGCUUGCCCUCACCCAGCCCUGCGCCCUGGGGACCCUCGGCCAGGGAACGUCUCCUGCGCACCGAGACGCCUGCGGCCUACAGUGGGACCUGGGACCCUCGGGCUCAGCCCCGCCCGGGGACGGCUACGUUCAGGCCGACACCCGGGGGCCCCACAACUACGAGGAGCACCUGUACGUCAACACGCAGGGGCCCGAUGCCCCGGAGCCGGACGACAGCCCCAAAAAGGAUCUGUUCGACAUGCGACCCUUCGAGGAUGCCCUGAGGCUGCACGAGUGCCCCGUGGUGGCGGGCACCGAGACUGGCCCCCUCCCCCUGGAGGACCGCUGGCCCAGCCCCCCCACCCGCCGGGCCCCCGUCGCCCCCACGGAAGAGCAGCUGCAGCGGGAACCCUGGUACCACGGCCGGAUGAGCCGCCGGGCAGCCGAGAGGCUGCUGCGGGCCGACGGCGACUUCCUCGUGCGGGACAGCGUCACCAACCCCGGGCAGUACGUGCUGACCGGAAUGCACGGCGGGCAGCCCAAGCACCUGCUGCUCGUGGACCCCGAGGGCGUGGUGCGGACCAAGGACGUGCUGUUCGAGAGCAUCAGCCACCUCAUCGAGCACCACCUGCGGAACGGGCAGCCCAUCGUGGCCGCCGAGAGCGAGCUGCACCUGCGCGGCGUGGUCAAGCGGGAGCCCUGAGCAGGUGCUGAGUCUCAGCCCGGAGCCUGCCCUGCUCCCCAACAACCCCACUGUGGCCUUACGAGCUCUCAGCCUCGCGUAGACCCUGGCCAGGCCAGAACUGCCACCAUCUCUCCUUCCUUGCGCACGAGCCUCUGAAAUCUUCCUUCCUCCAGCAGCCCUCGUGAGAGGCUCAGUGGGGCCAGAAAACUGGGACUCUUGGUCCCUUUCUCUCUCUGGAGCCCCUGUCUGCCACUACCCUUGGCCCCGAGUGAGGGGUACAUACCAAAGAUGGCACCUUUUCUCGCCUUGAAAACAAUAUAUUCACAAGCAGCCCCUUCUGUGGGAGACCAGUCUGGAGGGUCCCUGGAAGGGGCCAAGGAGGCAACACUGUCUUCCUCCCGGGCUGGACUUCAGCUUAUCUGCCUGGAAAGGGAGGGUCCCUGAGUCCCUGAUGUGGGGAUGGACCCCUUCCCUGGCUGGCCGCAGUCUCUCCACCUGAAAAAUUGGGCACAGUUGUGCCUUUGGGGAGAGGAAAAAUUAAGGUGCUUUAGCGUUCUCAGGCCGGGGACUGAUGUUGAAGUGGGAGGCAGCCUUGGGUUUCACCUGGGAUGAUGGGGGGCACACAGGCAUGCUCCAAGGCCAUUGACAUGGGGGUGAUUAUGCAGCCCCUGCCCCACCCGGGGAGCCAUCCUCCCUGCCGACCUGGACUGGACAUUCAAAGCUGGUUUGUAAUUAAACCUGGGAAUGACCAUGAGGAGUGUCAUCCCAUCUGCACGUUCAGGGCUUUGUGGAAUGGGCUGGGUGAUGGGUUUCCCAAGUGGAAGGUUAAGGAGGCUCAGGGGCAGCACAGGACCCCAGAUCUGGCCCCACCAGGGGGGUCUGGAGUGGGAGAAAAGGGGGGGCUGUGAGGUGCCUGUUGAGGGGAGUGUGAGGUGAACCCCGACAUCACAGAUGCCUCUGUUUUUAAUC